GCUUAUUGGCGGCUCGUGGUUCCCCCGACAGAAUUCUCCGAAGCGUCCAAACUGGUUGAAUGCCAAAGAAAUGCAGUAAGGCAUAUCCGAGCCCUGGCGAAACGCAACCAUGACGAUGCCCUGCCAAAGUUGCAGAGACGCAUUGCAAAGCUGGGGUCUGACAUCAAGGAGACUGACCUGUGGAUGACGCUGGCUUGGAUCCGUGAGAUGGCCCCGAUCAUCGUACAUGUCGAUCUCCAGAAGAUGCUGCGGUUCCUGGAGACUGACACACACUAUCGGAAUCAGUUCGAGACCGCCACAUCCGGAGGACUUCUGAAGCCCGCCGUCCGUGAAAAGUGGGAGCGAGACCUUUUCGGGGGCUACUACGACAAAGCGCAGGGCUUCCACCGAUGCAAGUACGGCGUGCUCAAUGCCAUGAAUGACCAUCGCGGAGUGAUCCGGUGUGUCCAGUAUGGGGACAGCUACCUGGUGCUCAGAGAUGUGCGGUUGCGGUGCACCUUCUCUCCGGAGGACUCGGCAAACCUGAAAGCAGAACGUCUUGCGGUCCUCGACUACUACGGGCAUGUGCUGAACGAGUACAGUGACAACGAGUUGCUGGAAACGAUUCAAGUGGCGAAGUCUUCUGAUGCUGCUCUGCUUGGAGAUUCCGCGAAGGUUGGGGCAAUGAAGUACAAGGAGACGCAGAUCCAUGGCGAAGUGGCUUUCGCCAAGCACGUCGAGCGGCUUGUGGCGCACCCGAAGUUUCGUGGCAAGCCCGAGGAGCCUCGAAUCAAAGCAGUGGCCACGAAGUUCGGGUGGAAGUUUUCGUGGAUUGACGAG